UUUACAAUGAUGCAUCAUCGAUCGCCACUGCAAAGCCGCAGUGAGUGCACAAGAAAGAACACAUAGUGCAAGCACGUACUAGCGGUGAUAGAUAUAUAGAUGGCGAUGUCGUUGAGCUCCUGCACCACCCUCCUGAUGAGCUGGGCGGCGGCGCCGCCAGCGCCGGGGAAAUCCUCUCCCGGCGCCGGAUCACUCAUGCAGCAGCUCCGCAGGAGACAGCCGCCGCCGGCGGCGGCUUCGUCGUCAGUAGAGGCUCUGCGUUGGGCCUCCUCAUCAUGCAAGCUGCAGGUGGAGUCCCGGUCCCGGCGAGCUGCUGUCUUCGCGUGCCAUGCGCUAAAUAAGUACUCGUACCACAUCGACCCCACUGCUCUGGUGUACCGGCCUACAACUACAUUAGCGGGCACCAACUGGAGAAUCUCAGAAGACAAGGACAAGGACCUCAUCAUCCUGGAGCUGGAGGUAGGAGAACUGACCCAGGAUAAACUGGAGGUUUCAACAACGGACCACGUGCUCCUGGUCGUCAAGUACACGGGCGACAUCAACGACGAGUGGCGGGCGAGUUCGCUGGACGUCCGCCUGCUCAUGCCGCCCGGCUACGACGACAAGAAUGUCGGGGCGAUGAUGGUGUCCAAAGGCUGGCUCAAGAUUACUAUCCCCAAACCCAAGCACCAGCCCAAUAAGAUACCAAUCUCCUCCUCCUCGUCGUCGUCGCCAUAAGAUAUAACAUACCAAUGAAGAAGAAGAAUGUAGCUGCUUUAUUUUACCCUACUCUUAAUCGGCAAGUGACGAACAAAAACGGUGGAUAUGAGGGGACAAAAAUCUGGCAGACUGAAAUUUUACCUUUUUAUAGAAAGGUAUAGAUUCUCACUUCUUAAGAAGACAUAUAUUUUUAACUUUAACUAAAUAUAUAUAACAAAAUAUUAAUAGUUGUGAUGCAUAA